UUCCCCGCUGCACCACCCGCCGCUGCGCGCCCGGCGACGGGAAGGGGAGUAGCGGGGCCAGGCCGUGCCAGAAAUGCUUGUCUAGAAAUGGUCCUUUCUAUGUGGAAGAACUUACUUCAGACUACAAAAGAAAAGAUAAUCCAGCAGAGAAGGAUGUCACUGUAUAGCCAGGCUCAUGGCUAUGAGGAAGAAUUGAUAAAGAAGAAAUUUCAGGAGUUUGCUGGUGGAUCCAUCAACCUUUCCAAAGAAGACAAUGGCAUUGGAAUACUUACUUUGAACAACCCAAAGCUAAUGAAUGCAUUUACAGGUACUAUGAUGCUGGAACUUCAGGAGAGGGUAACCGAACUGGAAAACUGGAAGGAAGGCAAAGGCCUUAUCAUCUAUGGUGCAGGAAACACGUUUUGCUCAGGAUCUGAUUUGAAUGUUGUCAAAGCAAUAUCGAACUCCCAGGAUGGGAUGAAUAUGUGCAUGUUUAUGCAAAACACCUUAACCAGACUUAUGAGAUUGCCUUUGAUCAGUGUUGCACUAGUCCAAGGAAAAGCUAUUGGAGGAGGAGCAGAACUUACCACGGCUUGUGAUUUCAGGUUGAUGACGCCUGGCAGUGAAAUUCGAUUUGUUCAUAAGUUCAUGGGUCUGGUGCCAGGCUGGGGAGGAGGUGCCCGGCUGAUGCGGAUCGUCGGCAGUGGGGCUGCCCUCCAGCUCCUCAGUGGGGCUAUCAGGGUGGACCCCGAGAGGGCUUUGCGCCUUGGGCUCUCGGAGGAGACACUCUCAUCCUCGGAUGAAGCUGCAGCAUUAGAAGAAGCCCGAGCCUGGCUAAGUCAGCAUACAGAGGGUCCAGCCAGUGUGAUUCGGGCUGCAAAAGAGGUGGUGGCAGUGGGAAGAGAGCUACCAAUGGAAGCAGCCUUAAGGACAGAGAAGGACAUUUUUGGAACUCUGUGGGGUGGGCCUGCCAAUUUGCAGGCACUGGCUAGAAGACCAAAACAUAAAUGACCGUCAGUGCAUAAGAAACGUUCCUGACCUUUUUGCAAACAAAGCUUUCGCUAAAGCAGGCAUUUUACUGAAUCAUUUAUGGACUUGUUCAUUUAAACUGACAUUAACAUUCCCGUCGUUCACAUCAGGCAGACAUAUUUGGUGUGCAACCACAUAGAAAUCCCUGCAGAUUCUUUACUAUCCUAAUCAUUCACUGAAUGGAGAAUUAUGAAAUUAGUAUGUUAAGGUAAAUAGUGUUGCUGAGAAUAGGGCUAUAAUCUUCGGAAUGAAGCUGAAAAUUAUUUUCUUUGAGUUCAUUUUGUUUUUCUAACUGGUAUGGAAAUAAAUUGCUUGAAAGAUAUGAGGUGUAUUAUUUGCAGAACAGGUGCAUCUUAAAGCUGCAGAAUAUGAGUUUCCCCCACAUGAGACCCAGUGUCUUAAGCAGCUUGAAGCAAUGGUAACUGGUGAGAUGAUAGCUUUUGUUUUUUCAUUGUCAGCCAGUUCUUUGAUAAUGCUGAGAAAGUAUCCACAGGAUACUUAAAUUUUAAUUAUUUUUACAGGAGAAAUUCUAAGUUACGGAGGAGUUUAUAGCCCUCGUUCACUGAUGGUGAUUCAGGUCUUUAAAUGCAUUUAGGUGUCAUCUCACUGUUGGAGGAGCCAGCUACCUACAUAUGCAUCUGCACAUUCCCAUAGCCUUGACCUGUGCUGCUGAGAACAUCCAAAGCUGCUGACCUGAUACAUUACAUAGAACCUAGCUGGAAUCUUGGAAGCCCAUGAUGUGAUGUACCAGGCAUCCAGAUGGGAUAUCCUUGGCUGACUGGGUGGUCUGAGUACUUUAGCAUUCUGGAAGGAUGUAUGGAUCUGUCUAGGUCUCUCUUCGGGGUAUUUUUACUGGUAGAGCAUAUUUGGGCUGACCAGAUUUGGCACUCCAAUUCAUGCUGGUGACUGUGUAAGUAAUUAGAUAACCAGUGGGGAGGGUUUUCCUUUUAGAAAUUAGAAACUGACACCAAGUCCCUGCUUUGGUAGAUUAAUCUCAAAAUGAAACAGGAAAGUCCCUCUCCAGAUUUCUUGUAGGCCCCCUUUAGGCACUGGAAGCUGCUCUGAGGUAUCCCUGGAUCCUCCUCUUCUCCAGGCUGAACAAGCCCAACUCUCUCAGCCUGUCUUUACAGGAGAGGUGCUUCAGCUCCCUGAUCAUCUUCACAGCCCUCCUCUGGACUCACUUGAGCAGGUCCACGUCCUUCUCAUGCUGGGGGCCCCAGAGCUGAAUGCGUUACUGCAGGUGAGGUCUCAUGGGAGCGGAGUAUGAUUUCUACAGUGUGGCAGGAUUCUGCAGUUGUAGACGAUGAGGUAACUGUACAUAUGUUUGAGGAUCUUGGGGCAGAUCAAUGAUGGGAAUUAGGCCUGGAUUGCCUGUUAAGAUUCUGCAGCUUUUAAGGAGAUGCUCUGUUCUGCUGGGGAUGUUUCUCUGUAUGGCUUUCACAGUGGGGAGUGUAUAUAGCCUGAAGCAACCAAAAUAAAUGCUUGGGAAAGGGAUGUGUUUUGAGUUGGCACCUCAAGGAAGGUAAGGCACUUACUCUGCCCCGUUGAUCCUGUCUGUUUGCCUUCACACCUGAAGCUGCUGCUGGAGGAAGAUUUCAAACCUCUCUUCCCCAGAAAUGAAAUUCAGUUUUCACUUCCAGAGAAAAGACAGGAAUGGGAACAUAGAGAGAGUAGUGUUAUGGUUUGUGCCUCUUCCUCCAAGCCCCUUUUUAUCCAGCAGCUCAGUUGUUAGUUCCCUGUGCAGCUGGAUUCUUUCCUGUGCUCUGAAGGACUUCAAACCCAUUACUUCUGAAGUGCGGAUGUUUUAAUAUAGUCAGGCAGUACCUGACUGUUUAGUAAUGAAGCUUUUCAGCUGUUCAUGAAGUUCCUCAAGACUCAUGAGGUAUUCCAGACUGAACCUUCAGAGCAUGUUCCAUUCUGUGCUCAUCUGACUUCUCGAAGCAACAGCACAUUGCUGUGGGUCAAAAAAGUUGUGCUUUAAAGGGCAACUGCUCAUGUCUUUGCUAGUAACAAAUUUGCCAUUACUAACACUGUGAUUAUGUUUAUAAAAUGGAUGUGAAAAUUGCUUCGAACCUGAGCAAGACCCUUGAAUAUUUUUGGAUUUUAGGUUAUUUUUCAGGUGCCAGGCUGUAAGGCUCAUUAGUGUAUUCUGUGCAUUGGGUGAUACACAUUUGAAAGGGAAAUUGUAGCAGAGAAGAAGAAUCUGUUUACUUGCGUGUUGUCAAUUAGACCUGUGGUGCCAGUAAAUGAAACUCAGUUUCACUGAGGAAAGGGGACCUCUUUCCAUUUCAAUUUGUAGACAGGGAGCUUACUUCUCAUUUCAGUAAUGCAUUUCCCCAGC